GGUGACUAACAUAUGAGCGCGACAGCUCAGCAGCCUGCUGCAUGUGGGUUGGGUGGUGUCCACCGUUAAAACAGGAAAGAGAAGCAUUUUACAGAACUUAUUCAUGACCCCAUAUCUUAGUUAUUAGAACCGCCAAAUCAGCCAAGAUGGAUGACAUUGAUGCAAUGUUCAGUGACAUGAUGCAGGAGAUGGAUCUCCUAACGCAGAGUUUUGAAGCAGAAAUAGUGUCUGUGCCUUUGCCUAAACCUUCCUCCAUUCCUGACCCUCAGGAAAUGAACUUUUCCAUUGGUUUCACAGAUCUGAAUGCAUCUCUGCAUGAUAUGGAAGACAAUGACUUGGACGCCUUGAUGGCUGAUCUGGUGGCAGAUAUCAGUGCCACGGAAGAAAAGUUUGCCACAGACAGAGAUGCGUUUAAGGGGUCAGCUCCAGUUGCCUCAAUACCCUCCCAGCCUCAGAGUAAUUUUAGCCUCCAAGCAUCAGCUGACACCUCCAGACCUGCAACUUCCUUCAACUCCAUUGCAGCUCAGCCCCCACCACCCACCUCCACACCAUCGAAAGAAGAACUAGAGGAACAGAUGAAAGCAGAUAAGAUCAAGCUUGCUUUGGAGAAGCUAAAGGAGGCCAAAGUGAAAAAGCUGGUCGUGAAAGUGGAGUUAACGGAUGGCAGCUCAAAGACUCUGAUGGUGGACGAGAGACAAACAGUCAGAGAUGUGAUGGACAACCUGUUUGAGAAGACACAUUGUGACUGCAAUGUGGAUUGGUCUGUGUGCGAGACCAACCCUGACUUACAGACUGAACGAGGGUUUGAGGACCAUGAGAACCUUGUGGAGCCUCUUUCUACAUGGACAAGGGACACGGAAAACAAAGUGCUUUUUCAGGAGAAAAAAGACAAGUAUGAAGUCUUCAGGAACCCUCAGAAUUUUUAUUUGUGGAAAAAGGAUAAGAAAUCGCUAACCGACAUGAAAGACAAGGACAAGGAACAGCUUCUGGAGGAGAACUUCUGUGGAGCCUCCGUCAUUGUGCCUGAUCUGGAAGCAGUUCUGUAUAUGAAGGAGGAUGGCAAGAAAUCGUGGAAACAGCGCUACUUCCUCUUGCGGGCCUCUGGAUUGUAUUACUCACCCAAAGGCAAGACAAAGGCUUCACGGGAUCUUGUGUGCUUGGUUCAGUUUGACAAUGUGAACGUCUACUACUGCAAAGAAUACAGAAUCAAAUACAAAGCACCAACAGACCACUGCUUCAUUCUUAAGCAUCCUCAGAUUCAGAAAGAAUCACAAUACAUCAAGUAUCUGUGUUGUGAUGAUGAGAGGUCCAUGACUCUGUGGGUGACUGGAAUACGGAUUGCAAAGUAUGGUAAGCAGUUAUAUGACAACUACAAGGCUGCUGUGAGGAAAGCUGCAGGCUCUGCGACCUGGGCGAACCGCACGAUCCAGACCUCCUCCAGUGCAUCGACACCCUCCCCUACACCUAAAGCCAAAGCUGCGAAUGGACAUGCUCCUCAGCCUGCAGUGGAGACCAAGGGUCCUGGCAACCAAACAUCAUUUCCAGAGAUCCUGCCUCCUCCUCCACCUGACCCCAUGUUGCCUCCUCCUCUCUCUGCUCCUUCCAGCACGACCAACGUUAACAAGAUUCCUCCUCCACCUCAAUUCCCACAGUCCUCUUUUCCACCUCCACCCAUGGAUGACAUGCCUCCUCCACCACCUCCUCCAGAAGAUGAGCUGCCCCCCGACUUCAUGCCUCCUCCACCACCUAGUUUGACAUCUUAUGGGGGAGCAGCGCCCCCACCACCACCACCACCUCCAGAGCCCCUUUCGUCUCUUCCACCAGCUCCUCCUGCUCCCCAAAACUUUGCAUCUGCAGGUGGAGCACCGCCUCCACCCCCACCUCCACCUCCACCUCCAGCUCCUGAACCGGCUGCCCACAGACCCCCCGGCACCAUCAGAAAAGUGGCUCCAUCUCCACCUCAGAGGACUACAGCUCAACUAACAGCGCCAUCAGGUGGCGACUUCAUGUCAGAACUGAUGACAGCAAUGCACAAAAAGCGCGGUCAACAAUAAACCUGAAGUCUGGACAGAGCUACUUAACAUGUUUUUAUAGUUGGACUGAGGAACUGACCCCAGAACGGUUUUUUGGUGUGACAUUAGGACAAAUUGGAAUCAUUUAAUGUUUCUGUUGUUUGAAAUGUUUUUAUUACACCACAAUGCAAAAAAAUUGUAAAUACUUUGCUCUAAUGCAACUACAAUAUAAAAAGCAAUAUGCUAUAUCAUCAUUGCAAAUGGAAUGUCAGUAAACAUGGUAUUGCAAAGUUAACUGUUAAACAGAUUCUGGCAGGCCUUGAGUUCUAAUUUAAAUGCAUGAUGCAAAGUUUAAUGUGCUAAUAUGCAGAAUGUUUUGAUGCAAAUGAAUGUACCUUACAUUGAAAAAAUAAAAAAUAGAUUAGGAAGAACAGCUGACCCUCAGCUGCUGAGCCCAGGAUGGAGGUUUACUGGAGUAUCCGGCUCUCUCAGCCUCCUCCUGCUCCACAAACGGCUCAGUUAGAGUCUUCUGCAACAGCGCCACCUAGAAAUAGAUCAUAAGAUAUUCUAUCACAUAUGAAAAACAAUAGUCUGUCUGAAAAAACAAAAAAAAAACAAGAUUUUAUGUAUAAUUGUCUUGCCUACAGUACAUUUCAAAGUAACAUAUUAAAGCAAAAGUUCAUCU